AUGAAUACAACCCCUAAAACUUCCAAGAAACAGCCGGCAACCAGUCCACACCAACGCCGCUCAACCACGGGCCUUCGCCUCCUCCACGAGCCAUCGCCCUCCACAACGCCGUCAUCCACUAGUCGCCGGCGGAAGUGGCCACCGCCGGGCACCGCCUAUUUUGAGGUGGGUGUAUACAGAAGCCCACUUGUAGCCUUUUCUCAAGUGGCCCAUUCAGUGCUGGGCUCGCAAAUUUUUCGCAUCUCCAACGCAGCGUAUCGCUUCUUCUUUUUCUUCUUCCAAUUCACCACGCUCACUGCUGCAGCUGCUGGACCUCUCAAGGCGUCAGCUCUUGCCCCACUGGUUCAAGACGUAUGCUAUGGAGUCAAAAGAAGAAGAAGAUAUGUAUUGCUCGAUCUCGAUUCCGUUUCCUCGCAGUUUGAAAUUCCACCAAACGCACCCUAUUCUUUUUCCGGUCUAAACACGGAGCAUCCAGUAUUGACUAUAGGCGACAAACUCAAGUUGAUAGGAGAAUAUCAAGAAACGAUUGGAACAUGCCUUAUAUUCAAAGAAGAAGAUGUUAGCCCUGCGGUUCAUGAAGAAAUGGGUCCAUCAGAAGCAAACCUUUUUGCAGGCAAAUGCAUAAUGGAUCCAAAUCAAUCUCCAAGCAAGCAAGUAAAACCAGUUACGAGCCUUCAAAGGAUUUUAAAAUUUAGACUGGCACCCAAUCUCGAGUCUCAUGAUCCACCUGAACAGUCUCGGGAUCCGGUGCUACAUACAGUGCAAUCAGUGGCCGAAUGACCAAGAUUGGAACCCUUAGUCGACACUAGCUUAUUCCCUCGUUAUAGAAGGAUUACUUGCAUGCUAAGCUAAUAGCCGAAUGCUGUUGUAGAGCCCUUUCAGAUUGUUUUUCGGUUGGACGCUUUCUUUUCCUUUUGACUUGGCUGGCACCAAUAGCUCCAGAGAAAAUUAGAAAGAGAAUAACUUAUUCGUUAAGGCUUCACAUUUGUUUGCCUUCAAACUAUAAAAUUGUAUCUUGCUUUUGUAUACGGUUUCCCAUGACGCGCCCACCACUACCUUGGUGGAGUUGACACGAAUGUAAUACGGGACAUGUUAAUAUGUAUUUGAAAGUGAUUUCCACA